AUGUUCAAAAAUGUAUCAAAAACAGUGCGUUUACGAAAAAGAAUUCCGCCAGUGAGAGAAAUUACACUUGACAGUUCGCAGGGGGAUGAAAAUGAAUUGAAGAAGGUUUUGGAAAGAGAAACAAAACGAGUUUCUCAGAAGUUUCAAGCAUGGAGUUCUUCAAAAAUUCUUGGCCACGAUCGUUACCACAACAUUCGAACUGGCCUCCGAAUCGCUUCCCCAUCAUUUUCGAAUCCAAUUAUUUACUCAAAAAACGAAAAAGCACUGGAAGUGCUGAGCAAGAAAAUUCGUCUCUCUGGAAAGCCGGUCUACAAUUUCGACUCGCAUUUGGAAAUCGAGCGGAAUGAGCCGAAUUUGUCGGAAGAAAUGGAAAGCAUCUUUUCCUCAACAACGCUCCGUUUCGAAGGAAGAAACAUGCUAAACGCGAAAGAAAGAUUCGAAACGAUCAGAAAAGAACACAUCGAAGCACUAGAAAAGAUUUGCGGCUUUGAAAUUGAAGGAUAUCCGAGUGCGUCCCUCCUCGAAACAGUGUUGAUGGAUCAGAAGUACACGGUGAACUCUGUGGAAGAUUAUACUCGUGCAAUUGCGCAAAUGUCCUAUUCUUAUCGCGGCAACUUGAAGUUAGAAAUUCAAACGAAGUGGAUGGCUUGGGUGACGAAAGUCGUCAAAGAGUUCUUGGCAAAAAGCGUCAAUCAUGCCGAUAUUGAUACCAAAUACGAUCACAGCUGUAUGGUCAUAUUUAAUUUGCUAGAAGAUGAUACGUUCUUCCCCUUCAGUGGAUUUUUUACGCCUAUUCAGCUCCGAAGCAUGUUCUCCCUGGCGGGCUACAUCCGUGAGCACAAAGGCGCGCCCAUCUUCGCCUCUGAUGGGCAGUCCUUGAUGGUUCCGACCUACCACCUGAACGUCCCGUCCGACUUUGUCGCCGACAAACGCCACGGGCCAAAUUUGAAAAUCAUCUACGACGAAGAAUUCAGCUCUGAAUCCAGCUCAAAAAGCGCACAGCCGAUGACUUCGAGGGUCAGAUCGUAUACAAACGGAGAAAUCUUUGUGUUUUACGAAAAACCGGAGUUUGCGAAAAGAGCGGUCGAAAUUUUCAAUGAAGAAAGAUGGAAGCGAUUUUUGCCGUUCAUGAAAUCGAAUAAAUUGCAGAAUCAGAGCUUUAGGAUUAGCCAGAUGAAUAUCUCUAGAGCUAUCGAAAAUACGAAUAUCCGCGCUCGAAUUCCAUCAAGUCCCGAAGAUAUUUCUCGUUGCGAUGCAAUUUGGAAGUUUUUCAAUGUGCGGAAUCCUCCUGAUCGAAAUGUGCAACGAGCAAUUUUUCAAGAAAGUCUUCCAGUGCUUGAAGAUCAUGUGAAACGAGCGGAAAAUGGCGAUCCCUACAAGUUUUUGGCUAAUUUGACGGAUGAUCUUGCGAGUGGACAGAAUUUACAUGCAGCGAUUGUUUUUGUUGCCAAGUUAUUACAGAUAAUUCACGAAUGUUUCGAUUUGUCCGUUUCUUCGCAAGCAGAAACAAACAUUGCCUUUUUGACGAUUCACGAGACGAAGGAUUUGAGAGAGUUGCUGCAGAAACACGCUGUAGUGCAAAUUUUAGAGGGAAAAGAACAGUUUUCUGGACUCAACACGGCAGUCGCCGUAACCCGGGAUGGAGUGAACCGGGCUCUUCCUGGGAACCCGGCUCUCCGAGACUACGAAGUUCAGGAUCCCCGCGGCUGUGGCGGUGCCCAUGGUCUCUGGGACAUUUACGACGCCGUGAAGAAAACGUCGAAGACGCGCUGCUCGGUCUGGAUCUUUGACAAGAACAAGCAUCUGCAAGGCUUGGACAAAGCAAAAAAGGAGGAAAUUAUUACGUCGUUGAAGCAUGGAGUGCUUUCGCUUUGCCGUCUCCAGCAUCCGCGAAUUCUUUCGGUAGAGCGAAGACUCGAAGAAAGUGCGUAUUCUCUUGUUUUCGCCACGGAGCGAGUUCAAGGAUCUCUGGCGGAUUUGUUGAAGAAUAAAGAAGUUGAAACAGAUUCGAGCUCUGGAUUAUUUGAUGUAGAAAUGCGCUACGGUUUACUACAGAUAAUCGAAGCGAUCGGUUUCAUCCACGAAUCAGCAAAAAUCUUUCACUGCAAUUUGACCACAAACGCGGUGGCGGUCACAGAAAUGGGCGGCUGGAAAUUGAGCGGCCUCGAGUUCUCAAAAUCUUUCGAAGACGACAAUUUCAAAUUCGAGGAAAACAAUCCUACGAUUUCGCUCGUUGAACCGAGCAUUCUAGCGCCGGAGCUUUUCGAGACGAAGAUUUUGACGAAGUCGAGCGAUUGUUUUAGUCUUGGAGUGAUGCUGUAUGAAUGUUAUACAGGGCAGAGGAUAAUUGAUUGUUCACCAUAUGAUGCAAAAAGGACCGUGACCAACAACAAGGGAAAGUACAACUCCCCCUCUCUCCUUCACCGCCUCCCAGCAGAAGUUCGGGAUCACUGUAAAAUGCUGAUGAGUCUUUCAAUCGACCUCCGCCCCACACCGGAUCAGCUCAGGGGCAUUUCGUUCUUUCAAUCAGCGGGGGCACUCACCUUGCAAUACUUGGACACUCUUCUACAGCGCCCAGUCGAGGAGAAGAUUCAAUUCUUUUCUGACCUGCCAAAUGUUCUUGGAGAAUUACCGAGUCGUGUAAGGACGGGGUUAGUUUUGAGUUCCAUGCAGCCAGAAUUCGCGAAUCCAAAAGUUUUACCAACAAUCCUCCCUUCCGUCUUCAAGAUUAUCGAAUUAUCUUCUGGAGAUGACUUUGUUGAGAAGAUCCUUCCAGUAAUAUCAGACCUCUUCUCGACCAACAGUCCCAAAGCAUGCUCGAUUAUGAUCGAAAAUCUUCCUUUGAUGCUCCAGAAAAUGACUGAAGCAAAGAAACCAGAACAUGUGCGGAAUUAUCUUCUUCCUUUGCUAGGAAAAGCUCUUGGUCAGGAAAAACAGAGCCACUUACAGGCUAAAAGUCUCGAAGUCAUUCCAAAAAUGGCGGAGCAUCUGGACGAAGCAACCAUCAAAUCAUCUCUUGUUCCGAAAAUUAAAGCUGCUGCGCUCUCCGAAAGCUGCACAUCCUCCGUCAAGGUCUCGAUCCUCGUUUCUCUUGGAAAUUUGGUUCCAAGACUGGACAGGUGGUUCAUUAUGGACUCAGUGCUCGACUGGGUGCCAAAAAUGAUCGAAAGAACUCCGGGGGUUCUUGUCGCGACGCUUGGUGUCUACCAGACAGUCCUGACGAAUGAGAAGCUCGGCUUGACGAAAGAAUUCAUCGCUAAUAAUGCAUUGCCGACGUUACUACCUUUGUCUAUGGACUCCCAGCUAACUCUGGAUCAAUUUCAACGAUUCAUGAGGGUCAUCAGAUUAAUGCUCGACAAAAUCGAGCAAGAACAGACGAAUAAGCUCAAGAGUAUGAACUCUGGCAAGAAAGAUGGUGAUGUUUCUUUGAGCGCAAUCCGCGGGGCACAAAGUUCUGGAGACAGUAUGAAUUCAAACGCUCUUUUCGGCCUUGAAACGAGUUCAACAGCGGCGCCAAUGGUGGCAAGUAGUUCUGGCGGAUUAAGUAUGGAGCAGAAAAUGGCAGAAGCAAAACGAAGAGAGAUGGAGAAACAGUUCAAGUCUCAACCCCAGCUUGUCCAGUCCAAUAAUUCAAGCCAAAGCAAGCCAACGACUCAAAGUCAAAAACCAAAAGACCUGACAUCGACCCUUAUGAACAAGAACAUGAUGAAUAUGACGAGGUCGCAGAUGAGUGGCAAUAGCAAUAGUAUGAUGGGAGGGAUGAAUUCUGGAAUAGGGACUGCUGCAAAUCAAUCAGGUGGAGUCGGUCUGUUCAAUCAAAAAGCUCUUCCUCCAACAACUGGAAUGUCUAACAUGUCGAUGUCUUCUCCAAUGUCUACGGGAAUGUCGCCUAUGAUGUCAACACCAAUGUCGAUGCCAAUUUCUACGAUGCCAAUGUCAACAAUGUCAAACUCCAUGACAUUGUCACUAGGAGGCAUGUCGAACAAUUCUUCAACCUUAUCAAACUCAAAUUCUUUCGGGUCACUAACAGCCCCCCAGCCUCAAAGUAAUCCAAACCAGCCCAGCUGGUUCAAUCCGAUGACCGCUCAAGGAAUGGGAAACAUUCAAUCAACCCCUGCUGUCCAAAAUAACGGAAUGAAUGGUGGCUUCUUGAUGCCUACAGUAAAUCACAAUGCAACAAGUCAAUCAUCUCAAGCUAAAAAGCUUAGUUCAGCGGACAUUGCCAACUUACUUGGUUAA